AUGACAGGAGAAAUUCGUUUCGUUGAUCGAUCUUUAAUCAGUGGUUUAUGCAAAAUCUAUCAGUCUAGUCGUUUUCUUGCUUUAUGUUCUUUUCUACUGAUUAGUUUUAUAUCAUUACCCAUUCCGUUUUCAAUUGUUUGGUUAAUUCAAGUCUUAUUUUUGAAUAUAUCUAUUAUUCCAAUAUCGUCAUCAUAUUUGUAUAUAGUUAUCACAAUAUGGUCAACAAUGGAAGUUAUUUUUCUUACAUAUCAAUCAUAUUUAUAUUCAAAAAUUCAACAGAAGGUUUCUGCACCUGAUGUACCAUCUAUUGAACGUAAUCGAAUAGUCUCACAUGUACUGUCAACUGUAAAAAGUCUUCCACACACGAUAAGCAAAUGGUUUAUGGAUUGUCCUUUUCAAGAUAUUGAUCGUCAAAGUUUGAUUGGAUGGUUUGCAUUUGCGUUCUAUUCAAAGCAAUUACACGAAUUAAAUGACGAAGAAUAUGAAGAAAUUUAUUCACUUGUUGAAAAAAUUGAAACCGAUUAUAGAUUAAAAAUAACUGAUGAUGAAACUACCAACACAGUUUCGCAUAUGAAGCAUAUUCUUGAUCCUGUCCGUGUUAUUUUUCGUCCAUUGGCUUUUUAUAUUUUUACUGAUACAUUUUUGAAUGGAAUUCUUUGCUCAAGUAUUUUCUAUUUGAGAGGAUAUCAAUUUGUUCGUCUAGGUCACCUUUCAUUUUGGACCUAUCACGAUGAAAUAUGUAAUGUAGAAGAAGAGGAAGAUCCGAUUAUAUUUUUUCAUGGUAUUGGUGCUGGUCUUAUCAUGUAUCAACCUUUUAUUUCACGAAUUCAAAAACAAUUUUCUGAUCGACGCCGUAUUAUAUUUAUAUCAAUGCCAUGCAUUUGUAUGCGUUAUCCAUCUCUUGACGACAUUCCAACUAUGUCGGAAACUAUUGAAUCGAUUCAUGUUAUAUUUAAUUAUUAUCAACUGAAGAAAGCUAUUUUUAUUGGACAUAGCUACGGUACUGCUUGUUUAUCAUGGAUCGUUAAAAAAUGUCCACAGUAUAUAUCACGUUUAAUUUUUCUUGAUCCAAUCUGUUUUGUAUUAUUUGAACCUUAUGUUGUUUACAAUUUCGUUUAUCGCACUCCAUACAGAUUAGGUCAUCUCUAUUUAUAUUAUUUUGUUUGUCGUGAAUUAGGUAUAUCUCAUGUGAUAAGUCGUCAUUUCUGGUGGACACAAAAUAAUUUAUUUAUUGAACAAAUACCAUCAAAUUUCAAUAAAAUUCUACCAACACAUGUUCUUUUAUCUGGAAAUGAUUGUAUUGUUAAUGUUAAUUUAGUUAAAGAUUAUUUAAAUGAUCAUAACAUUGAUUUUUAUUGGGCACCAAACCUUUCUCAUGGUGGUUAUAUGCAUGACAGAGAAAGUUGGGAAAAAAUUUGCCAAUGGAUCUCAUGA